AUGGAUACCUCCACGAAGGCGGAAAUCUGGAGCCUAGCCUCCUGCUCCGCGGUGUUCCUCUUCACUCGGUUAUAUUCCAAGCGCCGCAACAAUGGCUGGCAUUUCGACGACCUCGUCUUAUUUAUGUCUUGGAUCGCUGUAGUUAUCAACGUAACUCUGAUCACGAUAAUUGAAAAUACUCGUCCGCGACACGGAACGCCGCCUAUUGAAAUCAUCAAUAGGCUCGCCCUCACUGGGUUAUUUUCGUUAACAUUCGCGGUCCUCAGCCAAGCAUGGAGCAAGACUUCUUUUGCCGUCACGCUGCUUUAUAUCUCCGAAAUUCAGAUGAAAUUCUUCCUUUGGUUUGCCAUCAUUAGCAUCAACAUUUCGUUUGGCAUUGGAGCUCUAUUAUUCUGGAUUGAUUUAUACUCUGGCCUCAUGGACUUGGCUUUUGUAUCUGUGUCUUGGAAGAUAAUUACGCCCCUGCAUUUGCGUAGGAAGGAGAAGAUAGGAGCACUGGCUGCUAUGAGUAUGGGUGUUUUGGCCGCCGUCGCCGCUUUUAUCAAGGCUUCUAAAUUUCCAUCCCUUCGCCUCGGUAGCGGUGGGGAUGCCAUGCAGCUGGGAAUAUGGGGUGUUGUCGAACCAGCGGUCACCAUCAUGGCAGCCUCGACACCCGCGCUGAGGCUGCAACUUCGCAAGAUAACAGACCCGAAAGUGAUAGAGGAUUCAGGCGACGUAUAG